AUGGGAGAAGAAGCAAAAAGGUAUGCCGUUGUGACAGGAGCCAACAAGGGGCUUGGGUAUGGAAUAUGCAAGAAGUUGGCAGCAAGAGGGGUGACGGUGGUGCUCACAGCAAGAGAUGAGAAGAGAGGGCUGGGAGCAGUUGAGAAGCUCAAACAGUUUGGUGUGUCGUCAGACUCUCUGGUGUUUCAUCAGCUUGAUGUCACUGAUCCUUCAAGCAUUGCUUCCUUAACUCAUUUCAUCACCACCACCUUUGGCAAACUUGACAUCUUGGUAUAG